GGUAGAGAGAAGAAGUCCCAACACCAUAGCAUUAGAGAGCCCGAGCCAUGGCGAUCGUCUACCCAUAUCUCACGAAAAAAGUCUACGAAACACGAGAAGACGAGUGCGUCAUAAAACCAAGUCAGUCGAUAUUCGAUUCCGACUUGAAUUUCGAGGCCGAGGAUUUCACCGACCGGUCAGACGACCGAUCUCAAGAAUGCCCCGCUGUCCAGGUCAAACAGCCGAGUUACUUCGUGCCGAAGUAUGUAUACUACAGACAAGCAGGACACUUCAAACGCAUAAAAAAGCAUCCGAUGGCGGGACUGCACCGCAUGCUCCGGGGCAAUAUGCUGGUCGAGCAAACCUAUUCCAUAGAGCCUCUGGACAAAGUUUUCUGCUCCGACUGGCUGAAUUCGAGACAAGUCAUUUUCGGGACGAAGUGCAAUCGACUUAUGCUGUUGGAUACCAAAACCAAAUAUCUCAUGGAGCUGCAGAACCUCUACAGCAGCGCGGCGACCAAGCCUCCCCUCGAUGAUAUCUGCGGUAUCCACGCGAUCGCCGUCAACCCCAGUCGAACGCGUCUGGUCACGGGUGCGAGAAACCCCAACGAUACCGCUGUGUUUUCUUUGCCGUCUCUCGAUCCGAUCUGCGUCGGGGAGGGCGGUCAUAAUGAUUGGAUUUUCGACAUCAAGUGGCUCGACGACCAGCACUAUGUGUCCGGUGGACGGGAUUCGCUUAUAAUCCUAUGGGACGUCAACGAUAAGUACAAAAUCGACGUGAGCGAGACGGGUUACAUCCGUGGCAGACGGAACGAGGAUCUACCAAGGUAUUUCAACAUGAAUCCAGUGAAGGAGAUCUGCUCGUUUGGGCACAAAGUACGCGCAAUGGCCUUCGAGCCAAAGACGAGCGUCCUGUCGGCUCUGACCCUGUCGGCUCGCGUGCAAUUGUGGGACAUGAAAACUCAACAGAUGACGAUGGAUAAAGCUCUCGAGUAUGAUCAGGAGAACGUUUGUAUCGCCGUCAAGGACAACAUGACUGUAGUAGGUUCGAAAUCGUAUGUGACCAUCUUAGACAGCCGAAGCCUAGGUACGAUCCGAACGAUAUCUGCCUUGAAGUCGAUCUGUGGGGUGCGGUCGCUAUCAUUCAAGGAUUACCUAUUGACGGUCGGUACCGGGCAGAGCAACGUGCUCUUCCUAGACACUCGGAAUUUCCAAUAUAUCGAGAUCGACCCCGAGCUCCAGACACCGAAGCGGGCCAAAACUCUCCCAGAGCCGCCACUGACGAUGCGGAGUCGGGCGUACCUGCAGUGCAGCCCCGGUUGGAUGUCGCCUUCGGACAACAACUUCGCAGAUGACUAUAACCCGGCGGUGUACACACAUUGCUAUGAUCCUACCGGAUUGAAAUUGUUCACCGCUGGGGGCCCACUACCAGCCAGUUCGAGAGGGGGAUAUGCCGCACUUUGGCAGUAGAACGCACGCUUGUAAAAACGAAAAAGAAUCCUGUACAAUUUGUAUAAAUAAGUCUACCGUAGAGAUGAUCGAGCCGUAUGAAAGGAGAUCAGCGUGACCCUGAAAACGAGGUUGUGGGACAACCCCAUCUAUAUUGGGAGAGAGCCGAGCUUGAUCGUCGAGAAGUAGCCAAGUGAAAAAUAAACACAGCCAAGGAACUCAUCGUGAUUGGGGAGCCAUCAUCCUCGUGUACAUGGUUUUGGACGACGCUUUUCUGUUGGGGUUUUCUCUUAUUAUAUCCCCGGAAUAGAAUUCACUGACGAUAAGAAAACAUUUUAUAAGGCUUGCGCCAUAUCACCGCGUUUUGCGAACAUGGGGCAGCGGGCGGAUCAAUCAUGUGGUCGAUAUCUGAUCAGAGUUUUUGUUUUCGACUUCACUCGAACAUCGGUUUCCGAGGAUUUCACGGUGAUAUUCGGCUCCACUAAUCGCUCCCUUGUCGAAACUCCGCUUCAUGGUUCGGAGUUUGGCGGUACUGGUUCGUCGGAGGGUCGCUGGAGUCGUCCGGCGUCGAGACCGGACCGCGACCGCGAUCGGAAAUCUCAAUUUGUCAAUGGAUUUUGUGUUUUGAGUGAUAAAUGGAUAUCCAGAGGGGUAUUUG